AUGGGUGGACCCAACCUUGAAGUGUUUAAAUUUGGCAUGUACAUCAUGUUCCCCAUCGGCAUUAUGUACUACUUUGGCACCAACUUGGACUCACGCUUCGCUGUCCCGGACUUCUGGCCAAAGGAGGGUCAGACGCAUACCAUCCCCUUUGAGAAGGAAGACAUACAAGCAGAACUCGAACGGUUAAAGCAGAGGAGAUUAGCUGCACGAGCAAAGAGG